AUGGCCCAAUGGAAGAUGCUGAGUGACAUUUGUAAGAAAGAUAAAAAGAAGGGAGAGCGUUUGCAACAAUUAUAUUCGACUGAUAACUUCCCGCACAAAAUUAGAAGUACUUUUGCCGCCUGGAUCGAAAGUGUUGAUUGGGACUCCUUAGAAAAAGAGUCAAAUGGACAAUCAGGUAGAGUCUACUUUGAGCACCUAAUUUCACUAAUCGACGACAGGUGUGACAGUUCAGAGAUGGAUCAGAUAUUGGACUUGAAGCGGUCAAAAGAGCAAGAAUUCCAGAACAACUACUUGCCUUUCAUUAAAGUGAUAAACAACAAACUGAGACAAGAGCAGAUGAUCAUAGAAUCCUCUAUUACAGACCAGAACUCCGACCCGAAACGCAAGCCCUUGAGGUCCAACAUUAAUAAUAAUAACAAUAAUGAUGAUAAUAGUAAUAAUAAUGAAAAGGAAGAGGCAAUGAGUAGAUAUCUCUUUAAUUUAAAUCAAUUAGACUUGCGACAGAGAGCCAUUACCUUCCAGAUUAACAACUGCAUAGUUGAGCAGGGUGUAUUCAUUGAACGCUUUGACACCAAAUUCGAGAAGUAUCGUGCCCUUCAGGAAACAACUAGUACCAAAGGCACUAAAGAAAGCCUAAAAAUCGAAAUCCUAAGAUCGAUAUAUGAUUUAAAUUCUCUGAGAAAAGAAGUGGCCAAAGAAAUACUAAAGCUAUCUAAUGAGCUAUUUUUAGCAUCUCGCAGCGUGUGGGAUGAGCGUUCUUAUUGGCUGAUAGCCCAGAAGAAGGAAAUCUACUCAGUAACCAAUGGCAACCUCCUAAAUAUCGACGACCUUGAUACGCUGUUUGUCAUUGGCCAAGAGAAUUUUUACUAUUUAUAG